AUGAUAACCAUACCCGUGCUUAACAACGAAGAAGCUCCACUGAUUUUGCGUGAAGGUGACGAGCUAGGCGAGCUCACCAAAGAAAGAUGGAUAGAAAAACAGGAGAAAUGCACUAUGCUGGACCAUGGCACACUAGUGAUGGAGAAGAACGAGAAGAAAAAGGUACUUUGGGAGCAAAUCAAACAGAACCGAGAAGAAAACGAAUUUGAAAAAGAACUACAAGAUAUACUAGAGGAAUACAUCGGCAAGGGUUACGAUUUCGUCAUCAGUCGUAAAACUUUCCUUUCCGAUUGUAUUUCUUCUAUUAGUUGCACUGCUUCUUAUUUACGUGCUAAGCUGGAGAAAGCUGAGGAGUUUGCUUGUUCGAGGCCUGACGAGCAGGGAGAAUUCCCCUUUUUCAUUGAGAUAUACGCGCAUUGGGAAGCCAGUGAUAUGGCGGAUCUCUUGGUGGAAGCGGAUAUUCUGCUUGAACGUUUGGACAACAAGAUCAAACUCCUCCCGAACGCGGAUAUGCUGUACGAACGUCAUCUUUCGUCGAUUGCUUCCACCCAGCUUAUCCUUAAUCCCGCAUCGUCCCCCUCUUCUUCAGAUACUGUUCAACCCCAAGCGCCCGCUCAACCCGCGCACGUUCCUUUUCCCCAGGAUCGUCCAUCGGAUCCUUCUUCAGUUGCGCCGGUUGACCACCAUCCCCUCGCAAGUGACGCAGGGACCCCUCAGCAGGGAGACCAGUGUCCACGAGCCCCAUCUGGAUUUGGCAAUCCCCUUCUUACCCGUUCUCCUGCUCAGACGAGCAUGCACCCUUUUGGAUCCCAAACCCCUCUGCCGAAUCCAGCUCCAAAACCUUCAUUUGCAUCGACCAGCGGUCCAUCUUCGUCUACCUCGUAUAGCCUGCGUUCCUUCGAGAUACCGUUCUUUUCCGGUGACAUGGACGCGUUUCAUGAGUUCUGGAACAUCUUCGCCGCGUCAGCACACAAUAACAGCAGUGUACUUGUACCUGUUGAGUUCAUGUAUCUGAAGACGCACUUGAAAGGAGACGCAGCUAACAUCAUUGCGAACUUCCAACCCACUGAGGAGAAUUAUGAAGACGCAGUGCGUACCAUCAUCAGCACCUACGAUCGACCAGAACAUCUGCGAAUGCGUCUCUGGGACAAGCUCAACAAGCAAGCGCCCGCAAAGGAUUCUGCGGCUUCACAGCGCGCUACGCUUGGUCCCAUCAGAGCUAUCUGGUCCCAGAUGAAGCGCUUUAAGGAAAAAUCGUCGACAGGUGCACUGAAUAUGAUUCGAUCGAAGUUCCCCCGACGUACGCGCGAGAAGGUUGGCGAGAUGAAGAAGAAAGAAGAUCAAAUGUGGACGGUUGACGAUCUACUGACAGCAUUCGAUACAGUCAUCGACAGGCUGCAAGUAGUUGAAGACGCCGAUCCUACUCCUUAUGCCAUCUGCCAUCUUCCGGUUCUACUGUCCACCAAACCUCCUCUUCGCCGCGCAGGUACUCUAGUGACAGGCCGCAGCAGGUUAUGUCUUCGCAGUGCCAACCAUCGAUUUGUCCCACCUGCUCGCGUCCUUUGUGUUCGCCGUCGGAGUAUCGCACGGCUAGAAGCAGAUCACCAACACCAUACUACCCGCGACGCUCAUCUCGUAGUCCAGCACGACCGCAACGCCGCGCUUACCAGAGUUACUGCUGUGCCUUUUGUCUAA